CCUGAGUGAUGCCAGCCCAAUGGUUCCUAAUCUCCAGACUGGCCCUCUUGGUACUGCUGGGCACAGUCAGAGCAGGCCCUUUCUCUCCACGGUCCAAUGUGACACUCCCAGCCCCACGUCCCCCUCCCCAGCCGGGGGGCCACACAGUGGAGCCAAUAGGGGGAAGCCCCUCUUCUCAGCUUUAUGAGCACACUGUGGAAGGAGGGGAGAAGCAGGUAGUUUUUACCCACCGCAUCAACCUGCCCCCUUCAGCUGGCUGUGGUUGUCCCCCGGGCACGGAGCCCCCCAUUCCUGCUUCAGAGGUGCAGGCCUUGAAGGUCCGGUUAGAGAUCCUGGAGGAGCUGGUGAAGGGGCUGAAGGAACAGUGCACUGGGGGAUGUUGUCCUGCUGCUGCCCAGGCUGGCACAGGCCAGACGGAUGUUCGUAGCCUCUGCAGUCUCCAUGGUGUGUUUGACCUGAGCCGCUGUGCCUGCUCCUGCGAGCCAGGCUGGGGUGGGCCCACCUGCUCAGACCCCACAGGCGCUGGGGUGCCCCCAUCCUCCCCACCCUCAGCCUCCAGGGCCUGCCCAGAUGACUGCAACGAUCAGGGUCGCUGUGUCCGUGGGCGCUGCGUGUGCUUCCCUGGUUACAGCGGCCCCAGCUGUGGCUGGCCCUCCUGCCCCGGGGACUGCAACGGCCGUGGGCGCUGCGUGCAGGGCGUGUGCGUGUGCCGGGCGGGCUUCUCCGGCGACGACUGCAGCCAGCGCUCCUGCCCCCGGGGCUGCAGCCAGAGGGGGCGCUGCGAGGACGGGCGCUGCGUGUGCGACCCGGGCUACGCGGGCGACGACUGCGGGGUGAGGAGCUGCCCUAGAGGUUGCAGCCAGAGGGGGCGCUGCGAGAACGGGCGCUGCGUGUGCGACCCCGGCUACGCGGGAGACGACUGCGGGGUGAGGAGCUGCCCCCGGGGCUGCAGCCAGAGGGGGCGCUGCGAGGACGGGCGCUGCGUGUGCGACCCCGGCUACACGGGCGACGACUGCGGCUCGCGGAGCUGCCGGUGGGACUGUGGCGAGGGCGGGCGCUGCGUGGACGGCCGUUGCGUGUGCUGGCCCGGGUACGCGGGCGACGACUGCAGCACCCGCACGUGCCCGCGAGACUGCCGGGGCCGCGGGCGCUGCGAGGAAGGCGAGUGCAUCUGCGACGCAGGCUACAGCGGGGACGAUUGCGGAGUGCGCAGCUGCCCAGGCGACUGCAACCAGAGGGGCCGCUGUGAGGACGGGCGCUGCGUGUGCUGGCCCGGGUACACGGGGCCCGACUGCGGCUCGCGCGCCUGCCCCCGCGACUGUCGGGGCCGCGGGCGCUGCGAGAACGGCGUGUGCGUGUGCAACGCGGGCUACAGCGGCGAGGACUGCGGCGUGCGCAGCUGCCCCGGGGACUGUCGCGGCCGGGGCCGUUGCGAGAGUGGUCGCUGCCUGUGUUGGCCCGGGUACACAGGCCGGGACUGCGGCACGCGCGCCUGCCCUGGCGACUGUCGUGGGCGCGGGCGCUGCGUGGACGGCCGCUGCGUGUGCAACCCCGGCUUCGCGGGCGAGGACUGCGGGAGCCGUCGGUGCCCUGGGGACUGCCGCGGGCGCGGGCGCUGCGAGGAUGGCGUGUGCGUGUGCAACGCGGGCUACGAGGGAGAGGACUGUGGCGCGCGCAGCUGCCCGGGAGGUUGCCACGGGCGCGGCCAAUGCCGGGACGGGCGCUGCGUGUGUGACGAUGGCUACUCGGGCGAGGACUGCAGCGCAAGGCGGUGCCCGCUAGACUGCAGCCAGCACGGCGUGUGCCAGGACGGCGUGUGCACCUGUUGGGAGGGCUACGCAGGCGAGGACUGCGGCCUCCGUACCUGCCCCUCCAACUGCCACCAGCGCGGCCGCUGUGAGGGUGGGCGCUGCGUGUGCGACUCAGGCUACACCGGCCCCUCCUGCGCCACCCGCACCUGCCCGGCCGACUGCCGCGGACACGGGCGCUGUGUGCACGGCGUGUGCGUGUGCCACGUGGGCUACGGCGGCGAGGACUGUGGGCGGGAAGAGCCUCCCGCCAGUGCCUGCCCUGGCGGCUGUGGGCCCCGGGAACUGUGCCGCGCGGGCCAGUGUGUAUGCGUGGAGGGCUUUCGAGGACCCGACUGCGCCACUCAGACGUGCCCUGGGGACUGCCGUGGCAGGGGAGAGUGUCGUGAGGGCAGCUGCGUCUGUCAAGAUGGUUAUGCAGGGGAAGACUGCGGGGAAGAGGUGCCAGCCAUUGAGAGCAUGAGGAUGCACCUCUUGGAGGAGACAACGGUUCGGACAGAGUGGACCCGGGCUCCUGGCACGGUGGAUGCCUAUGAAAUUCAGUUCAUUCCCACGACAGAGGGGGUGAGCCCCCCAUUCACAGCACGGGUACCCAGCUCUGCCUCAGCCUAUGACCAGAGAGGACUGGCGCCUGGGCAGGAGUACCAGGUCACGGUCCGCGCCCUUCGAGGGACUAGCUGGGGCCCUUCUGCCUCCAAGACCAUCACCACCAUGAUCGAUGGCCCACAAGACCUCCGAGUGGCGGCUGUGACACCAACCACACUGGAGCUCAGCUGGCUGCGACCCCAGGCUGAGGUGGACCAGUUCGUGGUGUCCUAUGUCAGCGCCGGCAACCAGAGGGUGCGGCUGGAGGUGCCCUCUGAGGCGGACAGGACGGUGCUGACCGACCUGAUGCCAGGCGUGGAAUAUGUAGUGACCGUCACGGCAGAGCGGGGCCGGGCAGUAAGCUACCCGGCUUCUGUCAGGGCCAACACAGGGUCCUCUCCCUCAGGCCUCUUGGGGGCCACUGAUGAGCCUCCUCCCUCAGGCCCUUCCACAACUCAAGGGGCCCGGGCCCCCGAACUGCAGCAGCGCCCCCAGGAGCUGGGAGAGUUGAGGGUGUUGGGCAGAGACAAGACAGGGAAGCUCCGCGUCGCUUGGACAGCUCAGCCCGACACGUUUGCCCACUUCCAGCUGCGCCUUCGGGUGCCUGAGGGGCCGGGAGCGCACGAGGAACUCCUGCCAGGGGACGUCCGCCAGGCUCUGGUGCCCUCACCCCCUCCUGGAGCCCCCUAUGAGCUGUCACUCCGCGGGGUCCCCCCGGAGGGCAUGCCCUCUGCCCCUCUCAUCUACCAAGGCAUUAUGGACAAGGAUGGGGUGAAGCUUGGGAAGCCCUUGGCCCCACCACACCUGGGCCAGCUGAUAGUCACUGACAUGACGUCCAACUCCCUGCUCCUGCACUGGACGGUCCCCGAGGGUGAAUUCGACUCCUUCGUAAUCCAGUACAAGGACAGGGAUGGGCCCCAGGUGGUACCUGUGGAAGGAUCCCAGCGCUCAGCCCUCAUCACCAACCUGGACCUUGGCCGCAAGUACAAAUUCCUGCUAUAUGGGCUCCUGGGCAAGAAGAGGCAUGGCCCCCUGGUGGCUGAAGCCAAGAUCCUGCCUCAGAGUGAUCCCAGCCCAGCGACUCCACCCCGCCUCGGAAAGCUGUGGGUGACAGAUCCCACCCCAGACUCACUGCACCUCUCCUGGACUGUCCCUGAGGGCCAGUUUGACUCCUUUGUAGUCCAAUAUAGGAACGGGGAAGGACAGCCCCAAGCGAUGCCCGUGGAAGGGCCCGAGCGCUCGAUCAUUGUCUCCUCGCUGGAGCCUAACCACGAGUACAGAUUCACUCUGUUCGGGAUUGCCAACAAGAAGCGGCAUGGGCCCCUCACAGCCGAUGGCACCACUGCCUCAGAGCAGACAGCGGAGUCCCUCCACCCAGAGGCCACAGUGCAGCCCCUGCUGGGGAAGCUGUGGGUGACUCAGGCAAACCCAGACUCCCUGCGCCUGUCCUGGACCGUGACCCAGGGCUCCUUCGACUCCUUCGUGGUCCAGUACAAGGAUGCGCAGGGCCAGCCCCAGGCGGUGCCCAUCAGGGGGGAUGAGAACGAGGUCACCAUCCCGGGCCUGGAAUCCCACCGGAAGUAUAAGAUGAACCUCUAUGGGCUUCAUGGCAGGCAGCGUGUGGGACCUGUGUCCAUGGUGGCCACCACCGCCCCCCAGGACCUUGUGGAGGAGACUCCCAGCCCCACAGAACCCAGCACGGAGGCCCCGGAGCCCCCCGAGGAGCCCGUCCUGGGGGAGCUGACGGUCACAGGAUCCUCCCCAGACUCGCUGAGCCUCUCCUGGACCGUCCCCCAGGGCCACUUCGACUCCUUCAGUGUCCAGUACAAGGACGGGGACGGGCGGCCCCAGGUGGUGCGUGUCAGAGGUGACGAGAGUGAGGUCACCAUCGGGGGCCUGGAGCCGGGGCGCAAGUACAAGAUGCACCUGUACGGCCUGCACAGGGGACAGCGCGACGGCCCCGUGUCCACCGUGGGCAUGACCGCUCCACAACCAGAAGAGACUCCAGCCAUAGAGCCGCCCCUAGAGCCACGCCUGGGAGAGCUGACAGUGACAGAUGUGACCCCCAACUCCAUGGGCCUUGCAUGGACGGUCCCUGAGGGUGAAUUCGACUCCUUUGUGGUCCAGUACAAAGACAGGGGCGGGCAGCCCCAGGUGGUCCCUGUGGAGGGCAGCCUCAGGGAGGUCACCAUCCCCAGCCUGGAGCCUGCGUGCAAAUACAAGAUGAACUUCUACGGGCUACAUGAUGGGCAGCGCGUGGGCCCCCUCUCUGUGGUAGCUGUGACCGCUCCCCUCCCCCCAGCCCCAGGCACAGAGUCCCCCGAGGAGCCACGGCUGGGGGAGCUGACAGUGGUGGACCUGAGCCUGGACUCCGUGACCCUCUCAUGGACGGUUCCCGAGGGUGAAUUCGACUCCUUCGUGGUCCAGUACAAGGACAGGGACGGGCAGCCCCGGGUGGUGCCUGUGGCCGCAGACCAGCGCGAGGUCACCGUGUCCGGCCUGGAGCCCAGCAGGAAGUACAGGUUCCUGCUCUACGGACUUCAGGGUGGGAAGAGACGCAGCCCAGUCUCUGUGGAGGCAAAGACAGCUGCCCAAGGUGACGCCAGCCUCGGGGCCCCACCCCGCCUUGGGGAGAUGUGGGUGACAGAUCCCACCCUGGACUCUCUGCGCCUCUCCUGGACAGUCUCUGAGGGCCACUUUGACUCCUUUGUGGUCCAGUUCAAGGACAAGGAUGGGCCCCGGGUGGUGCCCGUGGAGGGCCACGAGCGCUCGGUCACCAUCACCCCUCUGGACACUGGCCGCAAGUACAGAUUCCUCCUUUAUGGGCUCCUGGGCAAGAAGCGCCACGGCCCCCUCACUGCUGAAGGCACCACAGAGCCCUGGAGUGGUGUGGACGAUGCUAGAACAAAGCACCCCCCAAAGCCCCAUCUUGGGGAGGAGCUACAGGUGACCAGCGUGACACCAGACUCUGUGAGCCUCGCGUGGACGGUCCCUGAGGGCCAGUUUGACUCCUUCGUGGUCCAGUACAAAGACAGGGCCGGGCAGCCCCAGGUGGUCCCGGUGGAGGGCGGCCUCAGGGAGGUCAGCGUCUCAGGCCUGGACCCAGCCCGCAGGUACAAGCUGCUGCUGUACGGGCUGCACCAGGGCAAGCGCGUGGGCCCCGUCUCCGCCGUCGCCUUGACUGCCCCCAGGGUACAUAUCAAAGCCGAGGCCCCAAGUCCUCCAGGGCCUGAGCCCCACCUAGGGGAGAUGACUGUGGAGGAAGCCACACCAGACACCUUGCAUCUCUCCUGGACCAAGACUGAGGGCGAUUUUGACUCCUUCGAGGUCCACUACACAGACCGAGAUGGGCAACCCCAAGUAGUCAGGCUAGAUGGUGACCGGAAUGACGUCAUCCUCUCUGGCCUGGAAUCUGAGCACAGAUACCUAGUGAACCUGUACGGUUUCCAUGGCCAGCAGCGAGUGGGUCCUGUCCACAUCGAGGCGCUGACAGUCCCAAGGGAAGAGGAGGAUGGACCUUCAGAGCCUCCCACCAAGCCCCGCCUGGGGGAGCUGACCGUGACCGACGCCACUCCCGACUCCCUGCACCUCUCCUGGACUGUCCCCGAGGGCCAGUUUGACCACUUCCUGGUCCAGUACAAGAACGGGGACGGGCAGCCCAAGGCAGUGCGCGUACCGGGCUAUGAGGAUGCGGUCACCGUCUCAGGCCUGCAGCCAGACCACAAGUACAAGAUGAACCUGUACGGCUUCCACGGUGGCCAGCGCGUGGGCCCGGUCUCUGCCACUGGGGUGACAGCUGCAGAGGAAGAGACCCCAACCCCCACCGAGGUGGAGGAGACGCCCAGCCCCACAGAACCCAGCAUGGAGGCCCCAGAGCCCCCCGAGGAGCCCGUCCUGGGGGAGCUGACGGUCACAGGAUCCUCCCCAGACUCGCUGAGCCUCUCCUGGACCGUCCCCCAGGGCCACUUCGACUCCUUCAGUGUCCAGUACAAGGACGGGGACGGGCGGCCCCAGGUGGUGCGUGUCGGGGGUGACGAGAGUGAGGUCACCAUCGGGGGCCUGGAGCCGGGGCGCAAGUACAAGAUGCACCUGUAUGGCCUGCACAGGGGACAGCGCGACGGCCCCGUGUCCACCGUGGGCGUGACCGCCUCCCUGCCCGCAGAGCGCCCUGUGGCACCCCGCCUGGGGGAGCUGGCUGUGGCAGCCGUGGCCUCCGACACAGUGAGCCUGUCGUGGACGGUGGCCCAGGGCUCCUUCGACUCCUUCCUGGUCCAGUACAAGGAUGUGCAGGGCCAGCCCCAGGCGGUGCCUGUGGGUGGGCACCUCCGUGAGAUCAGCAUUUCGGGCCUGGACCCGGCCCGCAAGUACAAGUUCCUACUCUUCGGCCUCCAGGAUGAGAAACGCCACGGCCCAGUGUCUGCAGAGGCCAAGACGCUCUCAGACACGAAACCUCCCCGCCUCGGGGAGCUGACAGUGACGGACCUGAGCCCGGACUCCGUGACCCUCUCGUGGGCGGUCCCCGAGGGUGAAUUCGACUCCUUCGUGGUCCAGUACAGGGACAGGGACGGGCAGCCCCGGGUGGUGCCUGUGGCCGCAGACCAGCGCGAGGUCACCGUGUCCGGCCUGGAGCCCAGCAGGAAGUACAGGUUCCUGCUCUACGGACUUCAGGGUGGGAAGAGACGCAGCCCAGUCUCUGUGGAGGCAAAGACGGCCCCCCUGGAGCACCCACCCCUCCUUGGGGAGCUGACAGUGACAGAUGAGACCCCAGACUCCCUGCGCCUCUCAUGGACGGUGGCCCAGGGCCUCUUUGAUUCCUUUGUGGUCCAGUACAGGGACCCAGCUGGGCAGCCCCGGGCAGUGCCUGUGGCCAAAGACCAGCGGGAAGUCACCAUAGAGGGCCUGGAGCCUGGCAGGAAAUACAAGUUUCUGCUGUAUGGGAUCCACGGAGGACAGCGCCUGGGCCCCAUCUCCGUCCUGGGAGUGACAGGGCCUGCUCCUGCCGGCCUCACCCCCGGGGAGCCAGGGCCCCGCCUGUCCCAGCUGUUGGUGACCGACGUGACCACCAGUUCGCUGCGGCUCAACUGGGAGGCCCCGUCGGAGGCCUUUGACUCCUUCCUGCUCCGCUUCGGGGUUCCAUCCCCAAGCACCCUGGAGCCGCACCUGCGUCCCCUGCAGCAGCGGGAGCUGACAGUGCCGGGGUCGCGGCGCUCCGCCGUGCUCCGGGACCUGCACCCGGGGACCCUGUACAGCCUGACGUUGUAUGGGCUGCGUGGGCCCCAUAAGGCCGACAGCAUCCAGGGCACGGCCCGCACCCUCAGCCCAGUUCUGGAAAGCCCCCGUGACCUUCAGUUCAGCGAAAUCGGGGAAACCUCGGCUCAGGUCAGCUGGAUGCCUCCAGCAUCCAGAGUGGACAGUUUCAAAGUUUCCUACCAGCUGGCAGAUGGAGGCGAGCCGCAGAGUGUGCAGGUGGAUGGCCGCGCACAGACCCAGAAACUCAAGGGGCUGAGCCCGGGCUCUCACUAUGAGGUGACCGUGGUCUCUGUCCGUGGCUUUGAGGAGAGCGAGCCUCUCACCGGCUUCCUCACCACAGUUCCCGACGGCCCCACUCAGCUUCGAGCGCUAAACUUGACGGAGGGAUCGGCUCUGCUGCACUGGAAACCGCCCCCGGCCCCUGUGGACAAGUAUAACGUCCGUGUCACAGCCUCAGGGGCCCCCUCACUGCAGGCCUCAGCCCCGGGCAGUGCGGUGGAGUACCCUCUGAGUGGCCUGGAGCUGCACACCAACUACACAGCGACCGUGCGUGGUCUUCGGGGCCCCAACGUCACCUCCCCAGCCAGCAUCACUUUCACCACAGGGUUGGAGGCCCCCCAGGACCUGGAGGCCAAGGAAGUGACCCCCCGCACAGCCCUGCUCAUUUGGACUGAGCCCCAAGUCCCUCCAACCAGCUACCUGCUCAGUUUCAACACCCCUGAUGAACAGACCCAGGAGAUCCUGCUCCCAGGAGGCGUCACCUCUCACCAGCUCCUGGGCCUCUUCCCCUCCACCCCCUACAGCGUGUGGCUCCGGGCUAUGUGGGGCGAGAGCCUCACACCGCCUGUGUCCACCUCCUUCACCACUGGUGGACUUCCGAUCCCCUUCCCUCGGGACUGUGGGGAGGAGAUGCAGAACGGAGCCCGCACCUCAAGGGCCACCACCAUCUUCCUCAAUGGCAACCGCGAGCGGCCCCUGGACGUGUUUUGUGACAUGGAGACCGAUGGGGGCGGCUGGCUGGUGUUCCAGCGCCGCAUGGACGGACAAACGGACUUCUGGAGGGACUGGGAGGACUACGCCCACGGCUUUGGCAACAUCUCCCGGGAGUUCUGGCUGGGCAACGAGGCCCUGCACAGCCUGACAGACGCGGGCGACUACUCCAUGCGCGUGGACCUGCGGGCCGGGGACGAGGCCGUGUUCGCGCAGUACGACUCCUUCCGGGUCGACUCGGCGGCCCAGUACUACCGCCUUCAUUUGGACGGCUACCACGGCACGGCAGGCGACUCCAUGAGCUACCACAGUGGCAGUGUCUUUUCUGCCCGGGAUCGAGACCCCAACAACCUGCUCAUCUCCUGCGCUGUGUCGUACCACGGGGCCUGGUGGUACAAGAACUGCCACUACGCCAACCUCAACGGGCUCUACGGGAGCACAGUGGACCACCAGGGGGUGAGCUGGUACUACUGGAAGGGCUUCGAGUUCUCUGUGCCCUUCACGGAAAUGAAGCUGAGGCCAAGAAGCUACCGGCCCCCAGCGGCCCAGGGAGGCUGACCACCGCUCGCCUCUCGGGCGCCCCAGAAUGACUGCCGAGCACUGAGGGGUCGCGCUCAGAGAAGAGCCCGGGGCCACCGUGACCGUCCAGCCACCGGAGGGAGCCUUCUCCAUCUGCGAUCUCACAGCACCAUGUUUACAGGGGGGGAGGGCAGGGGUUUGUACGGGGAGUAAUAAAAGGGGAAACUGA